AUGUUGCGUAAACUCACAGAGGAGCAGAUCAGCGACUGGUUCGCCAUCGGCAAAGCCGUGACUGCUGUCGAGUUACUGGGCGGCACACUGCCCAGUGGCUCCCGGGCCCCUCUUGCUACGCAGGAACCAUUAAUAGCUGUAGGGCUGCCUAUCACAGAGAGUGCUGGAACUCAAUAUGCUGAAAAAUGCAGACAGGCAAAGACACAAGAGCUGGAAGUAGUUGGAAAUGACCAGUUUGUCUAUCAGUCAGAUACUUCACUGUCUCAGUGUGAACCAAGUGCUCAAACUUUUGCACCAAUAAAUAACCAUAUAUGUCUGGAUUUGCCCUUAGCCAAACACAGAGAAGAGAUAGUGUCUCUGAUAGAAAACAAUACAGUUGUGAUUGUACAAGGAGCAACUGGCAGUGGUAAGAGCACACAGAUUCCACAAUAUAUUUUGGAUUAUUGCUUUGAGAAAUCUAUCUACUGCAACAUUGCUGUUACCCAGCCUCGGAAAAUUGGUGCCAGCAGCAUUGCCAGGUGGAUUAGCAAGGAACGAUCAUGGACACUAGGUGGAUUUGUAGGAUACCAGGUAAGUUUAGAGAACAUUUCCACGAAGAAGACAAGGUUGCUGUACAUGACAACUGGAAUUCUUCUUCAGAAAGUAGUUAGUGCCAAAAGCCUAGCUGAAUUCACACACAUUUUCGUUGAUGAAGUGCAUGAGCGUACAGAAGAAAUGGAUUUCUUGCUCUUGGUGAUCCGUAAACUGCUGCAUACAAAUUCCCAAUCUGUAAAGGUAAUAUUGAUGUCUGCUUCCAUCAACUGUAAAGAACUUGCUGAUUACUUUGCAUUUCCAGAUCAUAACGGUCUGAAUCCAGCCGGUGUAAUUAAGGUGGAAGGCAAACCUUUUGCAAUUGAAGAAUAUUAUCUUGAUGAUUUGAAGCACAUUGUGCAGUUCAAGCUUCCUACUCAAAUAAUUGAGGAACCAGUGAUUGUAAGGGAAAUGUAUGAAAUAGCAGUGUCUUUGAUCCAGUCAUUUGAUGAAUUAGAGAUGAAGAAGAAUAGGGAGGAAAAAAACUUGAGUGCUACAUCAGAACGUGGAAGUGUGCUAGUAUUUUUACCAGGUUUGUGUGAAAUAAGAUACAUGCACUCAUGUCUCUCAAGUAAGUUCAACAAAAGGUGGCAGGUGUACCCACUUCACUCACGUGGGACAUUAGAGGAACAAAAUAAUGCUUUUUUGGCUACAGUUCCUGGCUACAGAAAAAUUAUUCUGUGUACAAACAUAGCUGAGAGCUCUGUAACAGUUCCUGAUGUUAAGUAUGUGAUAGAUUUCUGCUUAACUAGAACUUUGGUUUGUGAUGAGGAAACUAAUUACCAGAGUUUGAGACUCUGCUGGGCAUCUAAAACAAACUGUAAUCAAAGAAAAGGUCGUGCUGGACGGGUUUCCAGAGGGUAUUGUUACAGGCUUGUGCGCAAGGACUUCUGGACAGACUUUAUUCCAGAGCAGUCAGUACCUGAGAUACUGCGUUGUCCAUUGGGAGCUACAGUCUUAAAAAUAAAAAAGCUUGAUAUGGGGGGACCAAAAGCCUUGCUGGCAACAGCUCUUUCUCCGCCCAGUGUAGGUGACAUUGAACAUACCAUACUUCAGCUGAAAGAGCUGGGAGCACUUACAAAUUGUGUGCAAACAGAAGAAAAUCCACAUGAUGGUGAGCUGACUUUCUUAGGAAGGGUAUUGGCACAGUUGCCAGUGGAUCUGCAUCUUGGAAAACUGAUAGUCCUUGGGCAUGCCUUCGGGUGCUUAGAAGAAUGCCUUAUUAUAGCAGCAGCACUGUCUUUGCGGAACUUUUUUACAUCACCUUUACAACAGCAAGUUGAUGGAUACAGGAACAAACUGUUUUUUGCUGGGAAUAGUAAGAGUGACUGCAUUGCAAUUGUGAAUGCGUUUAAGGCAUGGCAGGCCUGCAGUCAAAAAGGGGAGCUGAGACAUCCCAAGAAAGAGCUUGAGUGGGGUCAGUCGAAUUGUAUUCAUAUCAAGAAGAUCCGAGAGGUGGCAGAAUUAUUUCACAACUUGAAAGAGCGAGUCAGUGCAUUUAACAUGCAUGUUAAUGCUCAACCAUCUGCUGUGGAUCAGGAAUGUUUAUACCAACAACGUUUCAUUUUGCAGGUUGUGAUAGCUGGUGCUUUCUAUCCAAACUACUUUACUUUUGGAAAAUGUAAUGAAGAAAGUGCUGUGAGAGACCUUGCUGGCAAAGAUCCAAAAACGACUGUAAUGCUGAGGAAUAUUCCUCCCUAUGGAUAUCUAUACCAUAAACAGUUGCAGUCACUGUUUAGACAGUGCGGGCAGGUAAAAUCUAUUGCGUAUGAUGGAUCGAAGGCUUUUGUAGAGUUCUCCCGUAACCCGAUGGAGGGCUUUAAGAUUCUUCCUGCAGUAUACCUGUCAGUCAAGAUGUCACAGCUGAAAAUUCCUCUUGCGCUGAAUGCUUAUCAUCUAAAUGAUAUUAAAAAGCAGUUGCAAGGAGUGACAGCUGUGAGUGUGGAAUCUCUAAGAGUAAAUGUGGACUGUCAGAAGCAGAGUGUGGAGCCUGUGGAGAUCUCAUUUGGUGCUUUACAACAGUCAAAGAUGAUCCCAAAUCGCCUUCUGUCCAUCAAGAUAACAGAGAUAGUAGAAGUUGGACACUUCUGGGGUUACAGGACAGAUGAAAAAAAUAGGACUGUACUUCAGGCUCUAACUGCUGAAAUCAACUACCAGAACCUGAUGGAUUUGCCAGAGUCUCCACAUCCAGAGAUGGUUUGUCUGGCACCAUUCACUCAUCUGGAAGAUGGAGGAUAUUGUAGAGCUCGUAUUCUGUAUGUUUGUGGAGAUUUUGCUGAGGUGUUCUUUGUGGAUUAUGGCAAUAGAUCAAAAGUGCCUUUAGACAAAUUAAAAAAGAUUCCAAGCUCUCUUCGAGAGCUUCCAUUCCAGGCUUUAGAAUUCAAGAUAUGCAAGAUGCGUCCUUCUGCAAAAUCUCUUGUGUGUGGGGAACGGUGGAGUUACAGUGCUAGCCAGAGAUUUGCCUCACUAGUAAAUGGCUCUGCACUUCUAGUGAAGAUGUAUUCAUUUGUGCAUAGUGUUCUGCAUGUAGAUGUUUUCUGUUACUCAAGGUGCCAAGAGCUUGUGAAUAUUCGAGAUGUGCUUAUUGAAGAAUGUUAUGCUGAACUAGCAGAAGAAUCAUACGAAUCACAACAAAGCCAUAGUUUGCUCAGGGAAUUAUUUUUGGACCAAGUAAAAGAAGAGAAAAUGCCCGUUUCUUCAAGACAGGAAGAAAAGCAUCUCCUUGAAAGAUUGUUAAACUGUUUUUCUGAUCAUAAAUCUAAUGUGCCAACCCGUAAGGUAACGGUUUUUGGCCCAUUCAGUCCUUAUGAGCUGAAAUGCUACAGUAUGACUAGAGUAUCCCAGUUCAGAAACAUUCUCAUACAAAAGCAAAGCAUAAACUCUGUUGUUCUCCAUGAUGCUCCAGAAGAUCCCUUUCAGCAGUUGUUGGUUUCUGCUUCCGUAUCAGCAAAUGCAACUGGAUCUGCUGUGAUUUUAGAGGAAACAAGUUUGAUGCCUCCUAUUCCUGGCCUGCUUCCGCUUCUCAGUAUGCUGUUUGCUCCUGCCAUAGAACUAAGGGUUGAUAAAAGCGGAAAGUAUUUUACUGGUGUUUUAUGUGGUUUGGGUUGGAGUCAGACUUCUGGAGCUCCCCUGCUUCCAGAAAAUGACAUGGAACUGACAUUUGAUGUGCGUUUUGGAGUGGAAGAUAUAUCAGAGAUAAACAUCCUAAGGACAGCCAUUAAUAAGCUGCUCUCUGAAUGUGCAGUGUGUUUUGAACAAACAAGAGUGACACAGCUGCAGGAAGAUGUUCGUCAGAAACUUCUAUGUUUAAUCUGCAAAUCAAAACCUCGAGAUAAAAUUGUUCCUACAUGGUAUGAGAAGCCAUACGCAUGGAAUCAGGUGGAUCCUCAGCAUAUCAUUGACCAGUCUGAAAAGCAGCAUGAAAGAAGAAAUGGUCUUUAUCAGCUACAUAAGCUUGUUUUGUUGAAUGUUUAAGGAUUUCUAGAAGUCUUUCAGAGGACAAGGAGUUGCAACUAGUCUAAAAAUUUCUUCUGUCUUCUAUGUAAUCCUUGGACUCUCAUUUUGCAAGACUGGUCCUUGAGAUUAGUUUAAGUGUACUAAAAUACAGUUUGGAAUAUGUUACUGGUUUCUUAGAAAGCUAAGGUUUGCUGACCUACAGCAGGUGAGUUUUUGAAUAAAAUGAGGUAAAGCAGGAUGUAUUUUUCAUUUUAAUACUAGUUCUGAACAGGUUUAUCACAAGGUAUGUGAAAGACAAAGCAAAUCUAGGUUUAGUUGUUCAUUUUCUGUCUAAAGGCUCAUAAGCCGUAGGGCAUGAUUUUUUGUCUUUUAGUACAAGUUUUAUUUUCUUGUUACUUCUGUCAUCUGUUUUUCAAAACAGAGGUUUUUCUUAACCGAAAACUAGAAGACAAAGGAAACUCAUGAUCUAGAUUAUGUUCUUAUAAGAACUGUGACUUCAUAUAGUGGAUACAUUUUCUUUUUUUUUUUUUCAUAAAGAAAAACAUGAUAUGAUUUCUCUUCCUGUAUGGCAGAAAAAUGCUUUUGAAUUACUGUUUCAUGGCACCUUUCUUUCAUCUUUUCAUCUUAUUUUUACCUGCGAGAUCUUUAGUCCUAAAAAUGAGGUCAGUGGUUUCAGAAUAAAAUGCUGAAGUGAAAUAAAA